GAGACUCCUGCUUCCACUUCACCUGAUUCUCCUCCCGCCUCUUCUUCCCACUGCUUCCCGAGACUCAGAGAGACGUCUGGAACAGAGACGGAGACCAUGGCUUUCCACAACCUCUGUCUGCAGGUUCUACUGCUAAUUGCCUUCCUCUCCUACUGCGCUCACUCAGAUGGCACAAGGGAGAGCAGGCUCCACAGACUACUGAAGAAAAGAGGUGUGGGCGGAGACACGAAGCCUGUGGGGGUGGAGGUGGGGGUGGCGGUGGCCCCCUCCAAGGCCAAAGAGUUCCUGACCUCCCUACGGAGGCCCAAGAGGAACAUCUGGGACCGCAGCAGGCCAGAUGUGCAGCAGUGGAUCAUGCAGUUCAUGCACAUGGGUUAUGACGAGGCGAGGCUUGAGACUGACCUGUCCUACUGGAUGGACCUGUCCCGGUCAUCAGACCAAGGUCACCAGCACCAUUAUGACGAGAACGCCCCCAUCGGGCCCCAGGACCCCGGUUCCUACAGACACGGCGCCAACGUCAAUUAUGACUACUAUUAAUUGUCCCGCUGUGAUUUACUCAGCUUAACGUCUCAACAUAACAAUCACAGAAGCUUAGACUACUUCAAAGUAGGGAAACAAAUAUGUUGUUAUGUAAAAUCGCUUUACUGUCCCAAUUUCAUGAGUGCUUCCCUCUUCUGCCUUCUUCAAUGUAUCCCUCUGAUGCUAUUCUGCACACAUACAGUACUGUAGCCUUCUCUGUAAUGCAAGACAUGGAGCUAAGACAUGCCUGUCCCAGACUAUGGAUUGGGUUGCACUGUCUCUACAUUGUAUCCUUUGCUGUCUGAGAGAUUGAGACCUGCUGUACCUGCUGAUGUACAUGCUGUGAUGGGACCACAAUGCAUUGGGUUGAUCUGUCUGAAUAACUAAAUAAAGACAGACGAAACCUUGAA